AACGAGAACGAAGGCUAUCUACUGCUGCAAGAUAAAAGCUGCAAGGACAUUACAAUAUUUUCUUACCACUACUCUCGCGAACGAUAGCAUCGCUACCUAUCACGAUGUUUAUUUUGUUUCUAGUCGUUUCUCUCAUCUCAUCGAUUAAUGCUGCAUCCAUAGUAUCUCGCUCACAGUCCUACCCACUAUCUCAGCCCGCUGUACAUGGUCCCACAACUCAAUUGACCAUAAGAAAUAAAGUCAUCAGUCCCGAUGGCUUCAGCCGCUCAGCAAUUGUCGUCAAUGAUAAAUCUCCUGGACAUUUGAUCACAGGCCAGAAGGGUGAUCUGUUUAAUAUUGAGGUAGUCAACCAACUCAGCGAGAAAUCGAUGUUCCUGCUUACCGGUGUCCACUGGCAUGGCAUCAACCAGUAUAAAACGAACCAUUACGAUGGGGCGCCCGGCAUCACACAAUGCCCCAUUACGCCAGACCACAGAUUUACAUAUUCUUUCUCCGCUCAGAACCAGACGGGCACUUUCUGGUAUCACAGUCAUCAUUCUGUUCAAUAUUGUGAUGGUCUCAGGGGACCCCUGAUAAUCUAUGACCCUGAAGACCCUUCGGCAUACUUGUACGAUGUCGACGAUGCAAGUACCGUGAUCACGCUUACCGACUGGUAUCAUACUGUAGCCCGCAACUUGCUCCACACUACACCUAGGUCUGCCAAUUCUACGCUCAUCAAUGGACUCGGUCGUUAUGCUGGCGGACCCCAGUCUGAUCUUGCUGUGAUCAAUGUCACGCAGGAAAAGCGAUAUCGCUUCCGCCUGAUUCAAAUGUCAUGCGAUGCUAACAUUAAAUUCUCCAUCGAUGGCCACAACUUAACUAUCAUCGAAGCAGAUGGAGAGCUGACGAAACCUCUGAUGGUAGAUCAACUCCAGAUUCUUGCGGGUCAGCGUUACUCCGUGGUUCUAGAAGCCAAUCAGUCAGUGGAUAACUACUGGAUACGCGGUAUUCCUAACAACGAUCAAACCUACAACGGCGUUGCUAUCCUACGCUACCACGGUGCCCCAAAGGCCGAACCGACUACGCUCGAUACUCCAUCCACGAAGCCAUUGCAAGAGACCGAUUUGCGUGCUCGAAUAGAUCACAAUGUUCCUGGCAUUCCAGAGUAUGGUAAAGCAGAUAUCAACAUUACCCUCGAGGUUUCCUUCAACGAAACAGAGUUCCAGUUCCAUGUCAAUGAUACCGCAUUCCAACCCCCUGAUAAACCUGUUCUAUCCCAAAUUCUUGAAGGAACAGACCCUUCUCAGCUGCAACCACAGAAGAGUGUGUAUGUCCUCGAGGCCAAUAAAGUGGUAGAGUUGACGAUGAAAAUGAAAAUGAAAAACGCUCCAGGUGGACCUCAUCCCAUACACCUUCAUGGGCAUCCAUUUGAUGUCAUACAGAGCGCCGGCAGCAAAAUUACCAAUUAUGUGAACUCCGUUCGCCGCGAUGUGGUCGGCAUUGGGUGCGAUGAUGCGGUCGCUGAGUGCGAUGAGGACCAAACGGUGAUCCGAUGGUUCACUGACAAUUCUGGCCCCUGGUCAUUGCAUUGUCAUAUUGACUUCCACCUCGAGGAAGGCUUUGCCGUGGUGCUGGCGGAAAGCCCCCAGGAUACUCCCGCACAUGUGAGCCCCGUGCCAGGCGAAUGGAAUCGCUUAUGUCCAAUCUAUGAGGAAUACAAGAGGACCCACCCUGACGGGAUCUGAGGCAGAUUCGGAUCUUGAUUGAACAACCCCCAACUGUCACGUUAGUGGAAGGAGCACUUUCAUUCUACUCAAUAACGAUGUUAUUUGACCAUUUUAUUUCGUGCACGAGAUGUUAGACAACAAAUAAAUCAGGCAC